AGUUCUCUCAUCAGAGAGGCCAGGGCUCUCUACACAAAAUUCUGCCUGAAGAGGGGAUGGGCCAAUGCAUGAGCAUGGCCAAUAUCAUGUACAUCAGAAUGCCAAUUUCAUAAUAAAUGUCUAAUUUCAUCACAAAUAAAGAAUAUGUCACAAAUAGCUCACCUGACUGUCCAUUUUUGUCCUUUUCUCAAUCAUUAAAUGUAUUUUAGUUUAAUUUCAGACAGAUGUUUAACCAACUUUCUUUAAAAAAGGUGGUGGGCUGAUGCUUGGCCCUGGGCCCUCCAACAGGCAAACACAGAUUCAACAGAAAUACCUUUGUCAGAAAAUAACAUUUUCACCAAGAACUAACUAACUUGUCAUUAAUCAUUGCACAAGAUAUAAUCCAUGAUAUAAUGAUUAAGAAAUCAAAUAUACUGACAAAGUUCAUAGAGAGAGUUUAGACUGACAGCUUUUAGGUAGGUUGAAGUAAGAAGGUGGUGUGAAAAGUAAAGAUGAAGAUACUGGAGAGAGGACACUGGGCCAGUAAGGUGGAGUUUCUCUUGGCUGUAGCAGGGAAUGUUGUCGGCCUGGGCAAUGUGUGGAGAUUUCCUUACCUCUGCUACAAAUACGGAGGCGGUGCAUUCUUGGUGCCAUAUCUAGUAUUUGCGGUGACCUGUGGUGUACCCCUGUUCCUGUUGGAAACCACUAUUGGCCAGUACACACAGGAGGGGGCCAUCACCUGCUGGAGGAAGCUUUGCCCACUGGCAGAAGGUCUUGGCUGUGGUGAGCUGCUGAUCCUCUUCUACGGCUGUAUGACCUACAUCAUAAUUCUAGCUUGGGCUUUGCUCUACGUUGUAUUCUCCUUCAAUUCUAAGUUGCCCUGGGCAAGCUGCAACAACGAGUGGAACACCGGUGACUGUGUAGACUUUUCAAUGCCAAAUAUCACCAAUAACAACCAGACCAAUACAGCCUCUGCUGCCACAGAAUUCUGGGAGCGACGAGUGCUGGCUCUGUCAGGGGGCAUUGAGGAGAUUGGUGGCAUCAGGUGGGAGGUGCUGUUGUGCCUAAUUGCUCUAUGGAUCAUCUGUUACUUUUGUAUCUGGAAAGGGGUCAGGUCAACAGGAAAGGUGGUUUAUUUCACUGCUACCUUUCCCUAUGUAAUGUUGUUCAUUCUGUUGAUCCGUGGACUCUCGCUUCCUGGUGCUCUUGAGGGAGUUAAGUUUUAUCUUCUACCUGAACCUUCACGUCUCACAGAUCCUCAGGUUUGGAUGGCAGCUGGAGCUCAGAUCUUCUAUUCAUACAGUGUGGGUGCGGGUACUUUAACUGUGCUUGGCAGCUACAAUACCUACAACAACAACUGCUACAAAGACUGUCUGUGGCUGUGUUUGCUGAACGGUGCUACCAGUGUGGUUGCUGGCUUUGAAGUCUUCUCUGUGCUGGGAUUUAUGGCUCAUGAACAGGGCGUUCCCAUUGCACAAGUGGCAGAAUCAGGUCCAGGCCUGGCGUUCAUUGCAUACCCCCAGGCUGUAGCCAUGAUGCCUGUCCCUCAACUCUGGUCUGUCUGUUUCUUUUUCAUGCUCAUUUUCUUGGGUCUGGACACAGAGUUUGUUGCAAUGGAAGUGGUGAUUACCUCCAUCACAGACAUGUUUCCAAGAAAAAUGCGCAGGGCAGGGUGGCGGGAACUUGUCCUGCUCCUUUUAUGCCUCACAUGGUUCUUCUCUCAGCUCAUCAUGAUCACUGAGGGAGGAAUGUAUGUGUUCCAGUUGUUUGACUACUAUGCCUGUAAUGGAGCCUGCAUCCUCUUUCUGUGCGUGUUUGAAUGUUUGGCACUGGGCUGGGUAUUUGGUACAGAGCAACUCUGUGUCAUCAUAAAGGACAUGACAGGGGUGCACCCAAAUCCAUUCUUUAAAAUCUGCUGGUGUUACCUCACACCGCUGGUUUCACUGGGUACAUUUAUAUGUUCCUUAGUUAAGUAUCAGCCUCUGACCUUUAAUCACUGGUACGUGUAUCCGACAUGGGCCUACGUGCUGGGCUGGAUACUGGCACUCUCCUCCAUCCUGUGUGUGCCGGGAUGGGCUCUCUAUAAACUGUGCACUGGGAGCGGAACCCUGAGUCAGCGUUUCCAUGUGCUGUGCCAGCCUGACCCCUCAAUGACCCAAAGGAAAGAAGCCGAGCUCGAGCAAAUGCCUGGAGAAACUUUGAACGAGCCCAUCACCACCUGAUGUGAACAAUUAAGUGAUC